AUGUUUGCGUUUGCAAAGCAAUUAGUGCGUUCAGCAGAGGGAAUCAUCUCGAAUUCGGAUGAUUCGUAUCAUGAUAGUGGAGCUAACAGUGGAUAUGGCAAUGCCGGUAACAAUCCGCCUGCCUACGGGUUUCGAGUAGUCCAUGUCGAUCAGAAUUCGGCGGCCAGAGAGGCCGGCAUCGAGUCGUUGUUCGAUUUUAUUAUUGGGUUGAAUGGCCAUGAUUUGGUUUUCCCGCAGCCUGAUUACAGUUCGGACGCAGGCCAGCAGUACCAUCCACAUCACCAGAGACAGGGCAGUAACCAACAUGUCACGGUGACAGCCGAAACUGCCCCAAUUGAUACGUUUUUGCAAGAGAUUGCCAAUUGUAGGGGUCGGUCUGUUUCAUUCGAAGUGUGGUCUGCUAAAGGAAGAGUUCAGAGAACGGUGCAACUGGCUGUGCCAGAAGCUGAGAAAUCGCUGAUAGAAUCUGGCGGUGAUGAUACUAGUUCUACGACAGGACCAGCUGCUAGUGGUCGAGCCAGUGGCCAUUACCAGGGUCACGAUCGAAAUAUGAGCAGUCAGAGCAAUUACUCUGCUAGCGACUCAGGUACGACUUAUGAUGAUUUCGGGCUUGGAUUGACUGUGCAAUGGACACCGUUAGAAGUGGCCGACCACGUAUGGCAUGUGUUGAAUGUAUCACCCAACAGUCCUGCCGAGCGAGCAGGGCUCAUUUCGCAUGCCGAUUAUAUUGUGGCAGCAGAAAAGGGGCUAUUAGAGUCGGGAGGUGAGAGUUUAUUAGCACGAGUUGUGUCUCGAAUGGUCAGUGGGUACUAUAAUCAGUAUCCACAAGAGCAGGAUCUGGGUAAUGCACCACCUCCUCCUGAAAUUGAGUUGUAUGUCUAUAAUCACGACUACGAUACAGUUCGACCAGUGCGAAUUCAACCCAAUCCCAACUGGGGAGGGUCAGGAUUGUUAGGAUGUGGUGUUGGCUAUGGACUUCUUCACAGGUUGCCGGUGGUUGUGGGCAAAUUCUCUGCGUCCGGAGCGGGUCGUGGCCGGUCUGUCAGUCGCAGCAGCAAUAAUUUGUAUACCCCAGGAGUAGCACCUGGUGAUACACUUUUCGAGGCAAGUCACGAAGACGAGCCCGUAUCACCUCUGCCUGAACAGUCGUCUGUGUACUCCGACAACAAUGACACCAGCAAUUUCAUCACCCCCGCGUCGCUCGCCAACGCAGCUCCUCACAUCUCGGCCCACCCACCACCACCUCCCCGAUCCACUGCCAACAAAACAAGACGCCACCACGCCCAUUCCGUGACCCACGCCAACCAAGCAGGUGCCGACCUGUCGAGCUACUUCGCUGAAGAAGAGCAGCGAAGCAGAGAAGUCGAGGGCACUCGCGCCAUCAACCCCUCGUCCACCCUGCCCCCUCCACCUCCUCCAUCUAAAAAGUAA